AUGAAUGGCUAUGCUGCCCCCUCCUACCCCUCUGGUGGCUUUGGCUCCUACACUUCCCAGCUCAAUGGCCACACCUCCCAGUCUCCUGAGCUUCCUGCUCACAACACUGCCACUAGUAAGACCAAUGCUAAGGCUCUGUAUGAACAAAGGAAGAACUACACAAAGAACAGCAUAAACAGUAUCACAGAAACAUCGCAAUACCAUGUGGAGCAUCUUACCACGUUUGUUAUGGAUCGUAAGGAGGCCAUGAUCACCAUUGAAGAUGGCAUCCGUAAGCUGCGUUUGCUGGACGCUAAGGGGAAGGUGUGGACCCAGGAUAUGCUACUGCAGGUUGAUGAGAAAGCGGUCAGCCUUAUUGAUGUGGACACCAAGAACGAAUUGGAGAACUUCCCCCUCGGCACCAUCCAGCACUGCCAGGCUGUGAUGAAUGCCUGUAACUAUGACUCUAUCCUAGCUCUGGUGUGUAAAGAGUCUGGCCAGGGUAAGCCUGACCUUCACCUUUUCCAGUGUGACGACAUAAAGGCAAAUUUAAUCCAAGCAGACAUUGACAGUGCCAUCAGUGAUCACAAGGGCGGAAAGGUCAAGAAGAGGCCGGAGGCUCUCAGGAUGAUCCUGAAGAGUGAUGGAACUAUUCCUCCGCCCCCUGCUGCCCCUGCCCCUGAGCCACCAGCAACUGUCACUCAAGUGGAUGUCAAGAGCAGAGUGGCAGCCUGGUCAGCCUGGGCCAGCGAACAUCAGGAGUACGAUAAGCAGAGGCAGUACUCGGAGCAAGACGAGCCUCCGGAGGUGGUGGCUGCCAGAGUGGACAGAGAUGUGCAAAUCCUGAAUCACAUUCUGGAUGACAUUGAAUACUUUGUCACCAAACUUCAAAAAGCUGCUGAAGCAUUCAAUGAACUCUCAAAACGGAAGAAAUCAAAGAAGAGUAAAAAGAAGGGACCAGGAGAGGGAGUGUUAACACUAAGAGCCAAGGCACCAGCACAGGAGGAAUUUGUAGACUGCUUUCAGAAAUUCAAGCAUGCUUUCAAUUUACUGGCCAAGUUGAAAAACUCAGUUCAGAAUCCAAGUGCAGAGGAUCUGGUGCAUUUUCUCUUCACUCCUCUUAAAAUGGUGGUUCAGACGUCUGGAGGAGUGGACCUGGCUAAGAGUGUCAUUGUGCCUCUACUAACCAGAGAGGCCAUUGACUUCCUGCACUCAGCAGGCACUGCUGAGGAGAGACAUUUGUGGGUCACACUAGGGGAUGGCUGGACCAAGUGCAGGUUAGAAUGGCCUAAGGAUCAUUACUUCCCACCCCACACACUUCGUUUUCGGGAUGGCUGGGAGCCACCAGUGCUGGCUUUUGUGGGGAACUCACGUGAACAAGAGCUGAACCAGCUGGCUCAGACCUUGGCCCAUGCUGACGUCCAGAGGCAGGAGGAGGGGGUGCACAGAAUGCCCCAGGAGCAACCCAACAUACAAGAUUUCCCUUCAGCAGACGGGUAUGCUUUCAGUAACACUGCUUACAAGAGAAUGCAUCUUCUGGACCAAGACAUGGCGGUUGCGGCCUUUAAACAGGCAGUCAGCCGCCACGUAGAUAGGAACUAUGAAGCGCAUGGCAGAGGCCAACCGAAAAACUUUGCCAAAUCCAAGUAUGACUUUGUAGCAAGAAAUGGCACUGAGCUGUCCGUAGUGAAGGAUGAGAUGGUAGAGGUACUGGAUGACAGGAAGCAGUGGUGGAAGGUGAGGAAUGGUGCAGGGGUUUGUGGGUACGUGCCAAACAACAUCCUGGAGAUCACCAGGGCCGUAGAUAUGACAGGCAGAGGAGAACCAAUAUACAGCCAUACCAUUCAGAAGCAGAAGACAGACUAUGUGCCUAAGCCAGUGGUAACGCCCAUCCCUCCUGCUCCAACGCCGCCUCCUCCUGCCCCUGCUCCAGCACGGCUGCCCACUCCACCUGCCCCACCAACAUCUGUGCCCCCACCUGCAGACCCACAGAGGGUCUCUCCCUCCAACGUCAGCCGGCAGAACAGCAGUAACUCCAGUGACAACGGCAGCAUAACCAUGAGAGAGCACCAGAAAGAUCGCCCAGCUCCAGCAAACCGAAGAAAGUCAAACAUGGAGGAGGUGCAAGAUGAACUGAUGCACAGGCUCACCCUGGGCCGCAGCGCACAGAAGAAGUUCCAGGCGCCACCGCGAAGCACAAGCCUGCCAACUGUCAACAUCACCUAUGACUCCACCCCUGACGAAGUCAAAGCUUGGCUCCAGACCAAGGGCUUCAGCACUGUUACCAUCAACAGUUUAGGGGUUUUGACAGGAGCCCAGCUCUUCUCUCUCAACAAGGAUGAGCUGAAGACUGUGUGUCCAGAUGAUGGGGCUCGUGUCUACAGCCAAGUUACAGUCCAGAAGGCUGCACUUGAGAGGAACUCUGGGUCAGAGCUGCAGGAGAUCAUGAGGAGAAGGCAGGAGAAAUUGGCAGCCGCUGCUAGUGACUCUGGUGUAGAGUCCUUCGAUGAGGGGAGCAAUCACUGA